ACCACUCCAACAAUCCAAUUCACGCGCCGCCGUCACCCACCUUGCCCUCCCCCACUUUCUUUACCCGUCUUUCUUCUUCCUUUUUCUUUCUUUCUUCGUUACUUUCUCCCCCUCUUCUCUUUUUUCUUUCCUUUUCUUCUAAGUUGCGCCGCCGCCGCCGCCCGCUGGAGUAUCCGGUGCGGCUUUUUUUAAUUUCCCUCUCUUCCUUCAUUUCCCUCUGAUUGUUCCUCUGAUUGUGCUUCCGUUUACUAGGAAAUCGAGUAUGUUUUAACAUUUUCCUCAUCUAUUUUUUCAUUUUUUUUGCUUCUUCUACCGGUGGUCUCCGGUCGCCGGCGCUUCCGUUUCAGACCUCUUUGCCCAAGUUUUUCCGGUAGCUAGGGUGCACAGAAAAUCGCACAAACAAACAAACAUUGCCAAGUUUAUUCUUUAACACCAGUUUUGCUUGUAGGUUUUGUAAGUCGUUAGUCGAAAAUUUUGGGUCAAAUACAGUUCGUGAAAGCUCACAUUCGAAGUUCCACCAUGUUCGCUCAAGUCAGGUAUCGGUUGCAACAGACAAUUCUCCGUUCGCGCAUCGUUGAAAACCCUAGAACUCCGAUCUCCAGUACAGGAUCGUGCGUUUCCUUAUAUUCCACUUCCACAAGGAUAUACAGAGGUCCGAUUUCGAGAUCACUGCGCAAGCGAAUCAACAGAAGAGCUAGAUUGGCAGCAAAACCUGUUCUAGACAAAACAGUUUUCCAAAAAUGUGUAUCUCAGCUGCUGCCUAGGUUCACCCCGGAGGAUCUCCACAAUGUGAUAAUCGAACAGGACGAUCCAUUGGUGUGCUUGGAGCUCUUCAAUUGGGCGUCUCAGCAGCACAGAUUCAGGCACACCGUGUUCACCUAUCACGUCACGAUCCAAAAGCUCGGUGCGGCCAAAAUGUACAAGGAAAUGGACGAUAUCGUCAAUCAGGUUCUAGCUAUCCCUAACCUGGGCUCUGAGCCUCUUUUCAAUACCAUGAUAUAUUACUUCACUGAGGAUAGGAAGCUUGUUAGGGCUGUGAAUAUAUACAAGCAUAUGCGUGCUUCCCGGAAUUUAGAUUGCCGGCCGUCGAUUCGUACCUAUAACAUAUUGUUUGCAGCAUUUCUGAGCCGCAGGACGAACACCUAUAUUAACCGAAUGUAUAUGGAGACAAUAAGGUGCCUGUUCAAGCAAAUGGUUGAUGAUGGAGUCGAGCCCGAUAUUUUUUGUCUGAAUGCUAUGAUAAAAGGAUAUGUGAUGUCACUUCAUAUGAACGAUGCCCUUAGGAUUUUUCAUCAGAUGGGUGUUGUGUAUAGUUGUCAGCCUGAUUCGUAUACGUAUGAUUAUUUGAUCCACGGUUUGUGCGCCCAAGGUCGAACGAGGAAUGCAAAAGAGAUUUGUAGUAGAAUGAAGGGGAAUGGAUUUGUGCCUAGCGGCAAGUCUUAUAACUCUCUUAUCUGCUCGUUGGCUCUCGAGGGUGAUGUUGAUGAGGCAGUUAAAUUCUUGUGGGAGAUGGGCGAGAACAAAAGAGUAGCUGACUUUAUUACAUACCGGACCGUUCUUGAUGAGACAUCCCGGCAGAAAAGAAUAGGAGAUGCUUUGAGUUUGCUGCAGGAAUUUCGAGAAAAAAGGGUUGUCGAUGAUCAUAUGUAUGGAAGGCUAUUACAGGAGCUGGAAAAUGAUUCUCAGAGCUUUUAUAUGAGAAGUUAGUUCUAAUUUGAGUGGCAAUGCCGAUUUGUUUGACGAACUAUUCAUUGGAGAAAAUCAUCCUAGAUCCUUAUUUUAAUAGAAUCACAUCUAAGUUACAGUUGCAACAUUGUGAGGAAGAUGUGACAGAGAUUGAUGUAAAGCCUGAUGGCUCCCGGGGCGCCAAGGCAAGGGGCGAUCGCAAGAGUCUUGGGGAGCUUGGGCUGUGGCAUCUACCUGAUGGAACCAUCUGUCCUCAGGUGUAAGCAGAAUCAAAACCGAAAACAGACCUUCAACCUGGUAAGCAGAAAUUGGGUUCUGAUAAUCAUGCUGGUCUUAGAUUAGGAAUGAAAAAGAACCAAGAUGGUUUCUGGGAAAUUAACAAACCCUAUGGGCUUCAGGGUAUUCCUUCUACAAAUAGAUUUUUGGAUUUAAAUUUUUGAAAUAGUAAAAAGUUUAAAUUUGAAAAGUUGUUUGAUGUAAUAUAAACAAAGAUGGAUAUAAUAUUUUAAAUGUAAAAUAGAUAUAACAUAGAUUAAUAGUAUUAGGCUGAAACCAAGUCACACUAGGCGAAUCAUGUAUGACAGAUCAAGGGAACUAUGAUUACAAUUUGUUGCAUAGGAA